AUGUACUCCCCGAUGAUGGCAGCGUUCUUGGCUACUCCUGAGAGUACCUAUGAUGCUUUGAAAAGAGAUUUCUCGAACCGUCCACCGGAGGAAGUUCUGGAUGAAUAUAAGAUAGCGUUCGCGGCGAAGUCAAUCCCAACAUUCAAUAGACGUCAGGUGGCGUCGAACGGUCCUAACGAUGAGGUUGAGAGGCUCGCCAAAGACGACUCGAGUGAUGGCGAGUCCCAUGAGAACUCAGUUGAAGGCGCGAAUGAUGCGGCUUCCGAUAGCGCUGUGAAUGUCACGGAGAUGGUAGCAACGUCCAAGACCUAUCUCAGCGACCAUUGUAAAGUUCUGAAUCAGCUGCUCACGAUGCUCCGAACAGCGGCUUCUAAUUACAAGACUGGCAACGCUGCCUUGAGCACAAUUCAUUACAAAUUUUCUGAUUGCAAGACCAUUGAUGAGCAGGGCUCAGGCCAAGCUCUGGCCCUUGCACAGGGUCUGCCUGGUUCUCCGCAGAGGCUUGAUUUGUCCGACGCUUUUUUUGAAGUCAAAAACAUCAUCAGCGCCCCAGCUGAUGCCGCACAUUUCGACUUGUUGGCCUCAGUGCUCAGUCGAGAGCUUACGGACUGUGCGGCUAUGAAGGCCUCACUCGAGAAGGUUGUCGAGCUCGGUAAGCAUCGAGACAAGGCCAUCGCUAAGCUGCGGUCGGCUCGGAAACACGGUGGCCCUGGUGGUAUAGGCGGCAUCAUUCGAGGCACUACUAGAGACCAGUUGAAGCGUGCCGAGACCAAUCGGGUUUUAUACGCUGAUUUUUAUUGGACUGCUGGCUAUAAUGCCGUCAUGAAUGAGGUACCGGUGUUUAUGGAAGGUCGCGCCCGGGUCUUCAACGAGGUGGCUAGAGAGUUCGUCUCACGUUCGGAAGCGACAAACAAGAGCCUUUCUAUGACCUGGGCCAGCAAGGUUAAGAAGACCACUCUGUAG